UGAGGGGGUCUUUUACAUUGCUUCAUUCGUGCAAAAGAGAAGCUCGAUCAGAUUUGGGGCUUUCUCGAAAUUCCCUCACCCAUGUGCUACGGUUCGUGAAGCUUCAAGAAGCCUUCAGAAGGGAGCUCGUUGAUGGGAAGUAGAAGAAGACCAAAAGCUCCACGGCCCAAAGUGAGCUAGCCCAGAAGGUUGAUCGGACUGAGGAAGCAAAUCGGAAGGAAAGCAGUGCUGAUCCAAGGGUUGAGAAGAAAGAAGCAGUUGGAGAUCAGAGAGUUGGUUGGAAGAAAAGAUUAUUCGUGAACCUUCUAGAAGCUGAGUUCGUUAUAGGAGCAGCGAGAAAGCCCGUUCAAUCCCUAACCACACCUCUCACCCAAUUUGUUGAAUUUGAGUCCCUUGUCGCCGUGCCGGACCGCACCCAAUACAAAGCUUCUUCUUCUCCGCUACAUAUUUGUAACACUCCAGAUUUGCUAUCGUGUGUCAGUAUUUACUUGCAAUCUCUGCACAGGAAUAUGGAGGCAAAUUCAGCUUCAUAUGAACAUGAGGAUCAAGAUGAAUAUGUUCUACUUGACCUGGAUAGUGUUUCUGACUUAAUUAACCUUCCAGCAAAUGCCAAGUAUGUUCUUACUGGCCUUGAUACAUUAAACCCAGAAUUGAUCAUUGAUGACAAAUUUAAGCUGAUUGGGCAAUAUGAGGAGUCAAUUGGCACAUGUCUUGCUUUUACCGAACAAGAUGCCCCCGUGGUUCAUGAAGAGACAGGAUCAUCUGAAGUGAACCUUUUCUCUAGAACAAGACUAAUUGAUUCAAGUCAAACUCCAACAAAGCAAGUGAAACCUUUUUGUCAGCUUCACAAGAUUCUCAAGUUUAAACUAUCACCCGAUUCUGAAAUCCAUACCAUCACACAUGAGGAGGUUAAGUGAAUUUAAAGCUUACGAGAGAACAUGGGAAUGGGUGCCAAUUGUGUACCUUUUUGAAAAAUUACAUGUUCCCUUGGAUUUUCUUUUAGAUUUGUACAUAGAAUAGAACCUUUUUCAAACAUUGUUCUUUCGUAGGUGUAUAUAUAUACAUACGUUUAAGGAUUA